UCCAUAUGGUCAAUACUGUUCGGCAUCACACUUCUUCAUACAUCUCUCUCUCCUCAUUUCCUCCCCCCAACUCACUCCAACACCACCACCACCACCCAACCCACCAGAUCUCCUCCUCAUCCCGGCCGCAAUGAACCCACCACCGCCGCCGCCCACCACCCCCAAAAAAGAGCUCCAACUCCAAGGCCCCCGCCCUGCCCCUCUCAAGCUCAGCAAAGACUCCGUCAAAAUCAAGAAGCCACCUCCCCACCCCCACAACCUCCGACAGAACCCACCUCAACCAAAUCGACACUUCCAGCCGCCGCCGCAGCACAACCAGCCGGUGGUCAUCUAUACCGUGUCCCCCAAACCCAUCCACGUCUCCGUCGACGAGUUCAUGUCCCUCGUCCAACGCCUCACCGGCCCUUCCUCCUCUCCCCCCGGCGACAUCUCCCCCGCCGCCCGCCUCGCCUCCAUCGAGAAAACCAGCCCCUCUUCCGAUCACAAGUACUUCCCUCCCCCCGCCGCCACCACCGCCAAUGACGACGACUUCAUUGACAGUAUUCUCGAAGGAAUUGACAUCACGGGUCAGUUCCCGGGGAUACUCUCCCCGGCGCCCGCUACUAUGCCGCCGAUCCCACCUGGGUUCUUCUCGCCGGUCGUGGAAGAACCUCAAAACUUCAACAACUGGCAAGGAGCUCCGAGCAGCAGCAACGUCAACAGCGGCUUCAAUAGCUUCAUGGCCAGUCCUUCGGCUAUGUUUUCGACUCCUCUGGUUUCUCCGAGCCCUUCUUCAUGGGAUUUCUUCAACAAUUUCUUAGAGCGCUUCUAGGAGGCUGGGGAGCUGCCGGCCGGCGGUGAAAGCUUUUUGUUUUCUACUGUAUUGACAUUGUUGACUGACUUUUUAUUGUCGUAAAUUACUAAAUCGUAGAGAUCAGAAUAGUCGACUAUUUAUAAUUUUAUAUGUAGCAAAGAUGAUUGUUGGUAUUUCCUAUUUGGAUUUGAGCGUUGAACUUAAACCCUCUCUUUGUAAUGUGGAUGAAUUUUGAGCAAGAGUUAUUCUCUCCCUCUGUUAAGUGUCUAGUGGAAUUGAGGGUUAAACCCUUCCUAGUAUCUUUUGUAUGCGUUGCGGCGUUUGUAAUUGAGAUUGCUGUUGUUGAACA